UUAUUUUUCAUUAAGGGAUUUAAGAAUAUUUUUCUAUGACCUAAUCUACAGGCAAAAUGCCUAUUCUUCAAAUUUUAGCUUAUAGGCAGCAGAAGUUUUAAAACUGCUUGAGACUCCACAUGGCUAUUCAGGAUUAGUUGGAGGAGUGCCUUUAGGGCAGCUGAGCAGAUUCUGUCAAUCUCCCUUUAGGCAGAUUUGGAAUACAUUAUAGAAUAAAUUUAAUCCCUGCACAAUUCUAAUAAAAUAGAGAAUCAUAUAUCCCAUCUGGGAGGCUUAAUUUCUGAUUGUAACUAUAUAAAUCAACAGAAAGCAUCUCUCACAAGAAUAUUUUCAGACCCAGAUGAUGAUUGAGUUACAAAUGCAUUUUUCAUGUCCUUAUUGUCAAAUGGAGGUCAGGAUAAAAUACAAUCAGAAGAUUGAUAUUAAGUUCUUGGAUGUAGAUCCUCAUCCAUUAAAUUAGUGUUUCUCCCUGGGUUUUAGUUUCACUACAUUCAAAAGUCUGAUUUAACUGAGUUCAACACAACAGUCUCACAACAGCAGAGAAUUUGAAUCUAUUUCUAAAAUGUAUAUGCACUGGGCAGAGUCUUUGAAGACUGUACCAUACCUGUCUCCAACAAAGAACUUCUGGUUGCCUGGAUAAUAGCACAGAUAAUGUUACUCUUCCAAUAAACUCCUUGAAGUCUAAGGAAAGAGCUAAUCUGCACUUUCUUUGGAGCAGAAACUCUUGAAAACAGUUGAGAUUGAAAGCAAACAAGUAUUAGGAGAAGUCCAUGUAUAGUUCAGAAAAGGUCACUACUAUUUAAUCAUUCUUAAUUAUUGAGAAGCAAGGAAAUUCCAUCUCCCAUUUCCCUCCAUCAGAUUUCUUUACUGAACAGCAAAGAACUAAAAUGGUCUGAACAAGCUAAUAAAGACAUCAGGAAGUUGAGCUCAUUGCCAGUAUUAGAACAAAUGCUGUACCUACAAAAGAGGUGAGUUCAUAGGAAGCUGAUGGCAAGCUCUGUUUCCCUAAAUGUUCAAAGCUUUGUCUUUUUCUAAAAGCACAAAAGGAGUGAUGUCUCAGUGGUUCAAUCAAAACCUCCAUCGUUUACCCCUAAAAUACUUUCAGCAAAUGAGAAAUGUUGAGAGUCAAGACUGCUAGCUUCUUUCUGCUGUGUGUUUGCCUAUGGCCAAAGGAACAUACUUUAAAGGACAUAGGUCUAACCAGUGGAUCUUUUAAUUGCAUACUUAGCUUGAUACUUGGGUGAAGGAUGAUUUUCAUAUCAUAUUGUUCAAAGACCUGUUGAGAUGUGGAGCAAAUGCUGUAAUCAUGCAAUAAUACUUGCAAUAAGUAUCAGUUUGGAAGUGUAACAAGAUUUUACCUUAUAUUCUUUCCAGCAACUUGGGGAUAUUUUUGUUCUCCAAAAGCUGUUGGCUCAAUUUUGCAUCUAGUCAAGUCAGGUGGAUUUUGCCUUGUCAAAUAGGUAUGGGAGCAUAAAGGACAACAACCUUAAAAGUAGAUGGAGAUAAGCCACAGACACCACAUUCAGACUGGAAGCAUACUGUAGGUCUCCUUAAGGUUUUGACUUAGCCUGUUGCAUACCCAAGGGAUCAGUAAGAAAAAUGUGUGUUUGCACAUAUCAAUUGCCCACCAAGCAUCCACAGGUCGGACCUGGUGUUUAGGUACACAUACAUCUUUGGUAGCAGUCACAUUAAAAAAUCAAUGGUAGGUUGUAUUUCCUUACCUAUAAAGGCAAAAGGAUGAUACAAAGGAUGAUAAAAUUUAAAAUUAGUAAGAGAGAGCAGUUUUUCAAGUGUGUGCACUGUGGAGUGUAAAAUGUUCCUACCGUCUUUCUCUGAAUUCCAGUGACAGAGUUUCACAUUUCUGCUUAUUUUUCCUAUCAUUUGAGUCUCUUGUAGAUCUCCAGUGAUUACCCGGUCCAGCUGAUUCUGAUCUGAGAUUGUAAUGCAUUAUACCACUUCUGUAUAACAGGAAAAGGAACUUCCUCUUUAAAGCUACGUAUUACUAAGCAAGGAGGAUUUCUGAUGGGUGGAGUUUUCCCUUGAGCUGGCUCCAUAAAGGCUUGCAGGAUUUACAGACCGCUCAGACUGCAAGCAGCAUGAACUGCAGCCUGACAGAGAGAGUGCUGCUGAGCUACCCGAUGGAUAGACAGCGGGACAGGUUGUGCCUUCAGUCUCUUUGGGACUUUGUCACAGCAGAAGAGCCAUUGAUCAAGUCACCGUUUUUUCCAGUGCUGUUUUCUUUCACAGCAUACAUGGCUUUCUGUCUUCCAUAUAUUGCACUGGACUUUUUAAGCAUUAGACUACCAAACUUGAGAAAAUACAAAAUCCAGCCACAGAACUAUCCGACUCUCGCAAUGAUGGUGCCUUGCAUUAUUCAAAGUGCUUAUCACCACGUUGUUUUGAUUUUCCCAGUGACAUUUCUGCACUGGUACUGGAGACCAAUGAAUCUCCCAGUGAUAGCUCCAGAGCUGCCUGAGGUCCUGCUGGAAGUAGGAGUUUGCCUGCUUCUGUUUGAUUUUGAGUACUUCCUGUGGCAUUUGCUUCAUCACAAGGUGCCUUGGCUCUACAAGACCUUCCACAAGGUCCAUCACAAACAUGUGUCAACAUUUGCUCUUACCACACAGUAUUCCAGUGUAUGGGAACUGCUCUCGCUGGGAUUUUUUGCUGCUAUCAACCCAGUGCUCCUCGGAUGCCAUCCUUUGACAGAAAUGAUUUUCUUCCUUGUAAACAUUUGGUUGUCAGUGGAGGACCAUUCCGGAUAUGACCUUCCAUGGUCAACUCACCGACUUGUGCCUUUUGGUUUGUAUGGAGGAGCCCCACAUCAUGAUCUCCAUCAUCUGAAAUUCAAAUCAAACUAUGCUCCUUACUUCACCCACUGGGACAAACUCUUUGGGACAUUCACAGAGUCACAUUCUAAUUAAGGAUAUUACCUGUGGAUGAACUCAUUUUUUUAUAGACUAAACCUAGACAUUAAUUUUUCAGAGACAUACAGAAGAUUGUAUAUUUGAAGCUGCCUAUAAAAGCAAUAGCUAUUUAUCACAAGUCCUCUUAAUAUAUGUGUAUUUGUAUGUAUACUUGGAACUGCCUAUAUUAAAUGACUGCAAAUGGGAGGGUAAAUAUCUGUUGCUUAAAUUUGUUUGAGUCAAAGGUAUAAAGGGAAGCAUUAAGAGACAUUCUCUCUUCUUUCCUUCUUUCCAGCUUUCAUAAAGCAUGUAUUGUAUUACUGUAUGAUGUUUUAUACAUACGCCAGAACAAUUAUCUUACUGUUGUAGGAUGAUUUAUGAUGUAAACAGAAAAGGUACACAUCAUGGAUUUUGUGGAGUUUAAUCUGCCAGAGCAUAUUAUUGAACAAUGAUGUUGUAAAAUUGUUUGAUCAACAAAACUAGUUGGCUAACUGUGCAAUAAUUUUGAUAUUUAUGUUUUAAACCUUGAUGUACUGCCUCUUUUUAAUAGAAAAUAAAUAUGGUAAUUCUUU